AUGAAAGCUGAUGAUUCAAAACCCAUGCAGUUUGAAUGUACUGUACAUAUUUGUACAAUAAGUCUAAAAGAAGAAGCACAAAAACAGAGGUAUAGGAUCAAGUGCCAUGAAAGACGCGAGUUAAUAUUUCUAUGUCAGAGAACGCCUCACACUGGGUCAAGGCAUGAUGCAUACAUCGAUAGAUUGUUACUCCAUGCAAUUCAUGAAUAUGAAAAGAAACGAAGUUCCAGUAACAAUGAGGUCAACAACAUAACUAAUCCAGAAGACGGUGCAAAACUCAUAGAAGAGGCUCUUAAGGGUAACGUUGAUCCUAAUUCUGACGUGGUAAACCUACUAGAGAGUAUGUUUGUGGAUGAGGGAAAUAGGCACAAUCUUCACCCUGAUGGUAUUGACAAGGUUGCUUCCAAGAAAGGAAAGAUUUUUGGGGACACUCAUGACGGCCAUAAGCUGACACCAGAACAGAUCGAUAAAUUAAAGGGCGGGAGCAGUGGAAGAAAACGGAAUUUUUGGAGAUCUGCCAGACUUUGGACUGAUAAAAUAAUCCCUUACACAAUCGCCAGCUCAUUGUCUUCAGUUCAAGGAAACCUAGACAUCAUCAAUAGCGCAAUCAAACAGUUUUCAGACUACACCUGUUUGAGGUGGGUUCCUUAUGGUUCUGCAGAGGCCCAGCAAGCAAGCUAUCCAAAUUAUGUGGAGUUCUUUUCUGGAAGUGGUUGUUGGUCUUAUAUUGGAAGAGUGGGAUCAGACAAACAACAAAUCAGUCUUGAAGAUCCUGGUUGCGUUUCGGUGUCAACUACAGUUCAUGAAAUGGCACAUGCUAUAGGACAAAUGCAUGAACAGUCCCGGAAUGAUCGAGAUAAUCACGUCACCAUGUAUUGGGCUAAUAUACAGAAUGGUCAGGACAAUAACAAUAUGCAGAAAACCGACACCUUCGAUUAUAACCCGUAUGACUAUCAAUCCGUGCUCCAAUACAGUCUAACGGCUUUUUCUACAAAUGGUGAAGCAGUAAUGAGGUUCCAUGACCGUCGUCUCGAGUUCUUGGCUGAUUCAGCCACCGGACUGAUGUUUUAUGACAUUCAGGAUAUUACAGAUGCUUAUGAUUGUACCAGACCAUGUCGAGGUUCCAGUGGUAAUGACCCUUUGAAGCAGUGCCAGAACGGGGGUUUUGUCAUCCAUACCUGUGACUGUCUAUGUCCAUACGGUUUUACUGGAGAACUGUGUGAGACAGUUCAAACUGAUCCAGAAUGUGGCCCAGGUAUCAUAAACUUAGCUGAUGGAGAAACCAAGACCAUAACCACACCGAAUUUCAAUACUGGAGGUCCAUAUCCCACCGGUAAACGAUGUGUUUGGCUGGUGAAGUCUUCCAAUGGAAAGAACGUCGCCAUGAAGAUAGACGAGAUGGAUUUAGCCACAGAUGACGGAGCCUGUGCUCACUGGCUAGAGAUCCAGUAUAAUUUAAUCGGACAGGGUGGUCCAAAACGCUGUGGAAAAUUUUCCCACGAGACCUAUGUGACGUCAGACUAUGGGGACCCCUCCAUGAUGUUACUGAUAUUUAACAGCUCCUUUGCUCCUAAUAUCCAACCGGGCAAAGGCUUUUCUCUGUCUGUGUCCUCUGUUGGUGCAGGCUGUAAAACUGCACCAUGUGUGUUUGGGACUUGUACUGAUGUCGGAUCCAGUGACUUCACUUGCUCCUGUGCUGCCGGAUAUACUGGGCAACUAUGUGAUACCCUUGCUGGCUCCGGCGAUAUCUCUUGUGACUUUGAAGGAGAAGUUUGUGACUUUAGUAACUUGAAAUCUGACUCUUACGACUGGGUUAUAAUAUCGGGCUCCACUCCAUCUGGAGGCACUGGUCCUUCUCAAGCAAGGAGCGGAUCAAACUAUUUAUAUACAGAAAUGUCAUACCCUGUACCUACUGGAACUACAUUUCAUUAUGAAACACCUUUCUUGACUGCUGGUCCAAGAUGUCUGGUGUUCUGGUAUCAUAUGUAUGGUUCUGGUAUGGGAACCCUUAACGUGCUUCGCGAUGGCACUACAGUGUGGACUAGAAGUGGAGAUCAGGGGAAUCAGUGGCAGAGAGCGGAAAUCAACAUACAAGGAUCAACAAAUUACAAAGUCAUUUUUGAGGCAAUAAGAGGGAGUAAUUACCAAAGUGAUAUUGCUCUAGAUGACAUUUCCUUAACUUCGGCUGCAUGUGGUUCACCAACACCCACCACAACGGCAAUGACAACAACCAACCCAACGACAACAACAACAACGACGACGACAGCAACAACAACAACGACAACAACCAAUCCAACAACAACAACGACAACCAAUCCAACAACGACAACCAACCCAACAACAACAACUAUGACAACCAACCCCACAACAACAACAACCAAUCCGACAACAACUAUGACAACCAACCCAACAACAACAACAACCAAUCCGACAACAACUAUGACAACCAACCCCACAACAACAACGACCAAUCCAACAACAACAACAACCAAUCCAACAACAACUUCCACAACAAACCCAACAACAACUACCACAACCAACCCGACAACAACAACCAACCCAACAACAACUACCACAACAAACCCAACAACAACUACCACAACAAACCCAACAACAACAACAACAUCGCCAACAACUAGUCAACCAGGAGAAAUUAUUAAGGGGCCUGUGGCGUGUACUUUUGAAAAUGGAGUGGACUGUUUCCUAGUAGAUGACAUAUCUGACAAUUUUAACUGGACCAUUCGAUCCGGACGAACGCCAAGUAGAGGGACAGGUCCCCGUAGAGCGACACAGGGCUCAAGGUACGCCUACACUGAAGCAACAAGACGUAGACCAGGGCAAAAGGCUGCACUGGUUACUAAAUACAAAAUUGAAACUGGAGACAGGUGCCUUAUCUUUAGGUACCAUAUGUCUGGAAGUGGGAUAGGUGAACUGAAAGUUAUGCAGAAGUUUGAUGCGGGCUUGAGCGAACUUUUCUCAAAAAUUGGACAACAGAGCAGUUCCUGGCAUGAUUGGAAGAUGGAGGCAAUCGAUGUUCAUCACAAUGAAGACGACAGUAUUAUAUUUGAAGGUACAAGAGGUGCGAAUUAUAGAGGCGAUAUAGCACUGGAUGAUAUCCAUUAUAUUCCUGGGAAAUGUGCUGAUAUUAUCUUCACCUGCACUUUCGAUGGUCCAUGUUUCUUGAAUGACGUCACAGGUGUCGAUAGAAUGAACUGGAGAAGAACAAGUGGACCCACCCCAUCUAGAGGGACAGGGCCAAGUAAUCCGUUUGAUGGGACUUACGCAUAUAUAGAAGCCUCGGGAAGACGAUCUGGCAGUAACGCGAUUCUUUCCUCAGAAGCACUGACUAUUCCUGGAAAUGGAGGAGAUCGUUGUCUAAAAUUCUUCUACAACAUGAAUGGUGCCAACAUAAGGAAACUUCGGGUGAGGGCUGGAGAACGUGGCUCUGAGGAUGAGGUCUGGAGCCUCUCGGGGAAUCAGGGAGAUGUAUGGACUCCUGUAGAAGUUGACAUCCCAGCAGCGACUGACUUGGUGGUAAGCUUUGAGGGCAUUAAAGGAAGAGGCUUCCGGGGUGAUAUUGCUGUCGACUCCAUCUCUCUGUUUGAUUCUCCUUGCCCAGUUGGAACUUCAACAGCUUAAACUGGACAUUAAUUGUUCAUUGUUCAGACAAAUUCCUAGAGCUGCAACUUAAUUCUUGUUACGUAGAGUGAAAUACAGAACGUACUCAGCAAAACACUGCAAAUAAUUUUUACACAAAAUCUCUCUGUUUAUGUAUUUAGUCUGAAGAUAAAUGAAUGUUUAAAUGUUUGAUUUGUUCGAUCAAUGAUCAAA